AUGGCAAUCAACAACAAGCUUCUACGCCCGCUGCUACGGCUCCGGCCUCUGCAGCAUCUCCGCCGCUCCUCAUCCAACGGGCCAAAGGUGCCCCCAACCUAUUAUUCCCUCUUCCCCAACACGCUCCCACUCGGGCCACCGCCCAGCGGGCCUUUCGAUCUCGACCCACGCGCUCUCCGCCAAGAGUUCUUCAAGCUCCAGCAGCUCACACACCCCGACACCGUCACCGACCCGACCCUAAAGCGGCAAGCCGAGGGAGGGUCAGCUUACCUAAACCACGCCUACAGCACGCUGCUCUCGCCGCUUCACCGGGCCCAGUACAUCCUCCAGCUGCGUGGGAUCGACGUGGCCGAGGACGAGAAUCUAAAGAUGGAUGACCAGGAGCUGUUGAUGGAGGUGCUGGAGGCCAGGGAAGAGAUCGAGGAGGCCCAGAACGAGGAGGAUCUAUGGCCUAUGAAGGUCAUUAAUGAAGAGAGGAUCAAGGGCAGCUUGAAGAGACUGGGAGAGCUCUUCAAGGAGGAUGAUUUGGAGAAUGCAAAGAUUGAGGCGGUAAGGCUGAGGUAUUGGGUGAAUAUCAGGGAGAGUUUGAAUUCGUGGGAGAAGGGAAAACCAGUCGUGCUGGCGCAUUGA